AUGGUGAAAGUUUUGAAGAAAAUCAGUGGAGUUGUGUACGACAUAGAUGCAGAAGAAGGGAUGGCAUAUAUCACUGGCAAAGUUGAUCCACACAAAAUAUUGAAGAAGCUAGUGAAAAGUGGAAAACAUGCGCAACUGUGCUGGGUUGAGAUUGGAAAUCAGUAUACGUACUCUCAAGAUGGCUCGUAUCUUCAUCCUAGGGGAAGAGAACCUUAUUAUGAAGAUCCUUACCCUUACUCCAGUAGUUAUCGAAGAGACUCUUAUUGGGAUGGGUACAAUGGACCAGGAUACAAUUCCUACUACCCACACCAACCUAUGCCCCAUUACUAUCCACCACAGGUCCCAUAUAACCCAUACUACUAUUGA